ACCACAUUCCUCUCACUAUUUCCUUCUCAACACUGUCACUCACUUUGGGAGAGUCUGAUAUCUCAACAUGACCGUCCAGAUACAACCUCAAGAGGAAGCUAUUGGCUUUGAUUUCUCCAACUAUGCCCGUAAUCAGUUCCUUGGACAACAUAUGAAUGGACUUCCAAAGGCUACUUCUACUGGUACCACCAUCGUCGGUCUGAAAUUCGGUGGAGGAGACUCUGAGGAAGAGGAAGGUGUCUGCUUAGGUGCAGACACAAGAGCUACAGCUGGUGAUAUCGUGGCGGACAAGAACUGUGAAAAGAUUCACUACCUAACUCCUAUGAUACGAUGCUGUGGUGCUGGUACUGCAGCCGAUACCGAAUUCGUCACCAAUCUCAUCUCAUCCAAUCUUGAGCUCCACGCCCUUUCUCAGGGCAGACCAGUUCGAGUGGUCACCGCCAUGACAAUGUUGAAGCAAUAUCUCUUCCGAUAUCAGGGUCAUGUCGGUGCUCAUCUCGUUCUAGGAGGUGUUGACUCUACCGGUUCUCACCUUUUCACCAUCCACGCUCACGGGUCUACGGAUAAACUUCCGUACGUCACCAUGGGUUCUGGAUCCUUGGCUGCCAUGGCGGUGUUUGAGAGCGCCUACAAGCCGUAUCUCAAGAGGGAAGAGGCUGUCGCCUUGGUGGCACGUGCCAUCCGCGCCGGUAUAUUUAACGAUCUCGGAUCCGGAUCGAACGUCGAUGUAUCUAUCAUUACAAAGGCCGGAUGUGAGACUUUACGGAACUAUGAGAUGCCGAACGAGCGAGGCGUGAAAUCAAGAAACUACAAGUUCCGCAGAGGCACCACAGCAUGGGUUAAGGAGAACAUCAGAUCCCUCAUUGUGAAAGAGGAUGUGAAGAUCACGUCAGGCGCCGGGAAAGAACAGCCAGGUAUAGAGCCUCAUCCUGUACCGGUCGGUGCCGGACCCGGUGGCGAGGAAGGUAUGGACGUCGACUCAUGAUUGAAAUAUCCGCAGCUCAAUGAAUGCAUGUAACACAAAGCACAU